AUGGAACUCCACUUCAAAUACCAAUUGCACGACGCCGACGAGGCCCAGCUCCGACGGAGCUUUGAACGGAGUACAGUACAGUAUCUGGUCCCCGUCCCGAUGGAGAGACCCACGGAUCUCGAUGUUGCCAGUUCGUCAGUGCAGGCGCUCCCACCCCUUCAUGAUAUGGAUCCGGUUCGCGCUGCUCAGACGAGCAAGCCUAAUUCUUCGAGAUACCCGCAACCGAACGUGUUCAUUCGCCAAGCUCCAAUACAGGCCGAUACGGAAGCUGGAGGGGCGCCGCCCCGUACAAGAGCCGUUGAAGCAAUUGGCCGUUCAAGUGCCGGCCAAGCCCAAAAUCCCACCAAGCAAUAA